GCUACUGACGGAAGUGAUGACUUGAGAGCUAGCGAUCCGAUGAACGGUGUCUUGAGGUAACAAGUUCAGAGAGCUCAUCUUCCAUCAAUAAUGCCAGCUCUUUACUUCUUCGUGGAUUAGGAGGUUCUCCUUACAAUGUAACUGGAGAGGUUACUACAAAAGAUGGUGGUGAAUAGGCAGUAUUCCGCCGCUACUGAAAAGCUUCUCAAGGAUAGAGGAUUGAAGUGUGUUUGCGAGUUAUGCGAUUGCGGACGGUAUCAUCGCCAUGAGGGUUGUACACGGAAUGUCCAAAAAAUGCAGCAGGUUUUUAAACGCCCAGGCAUGGGGCAAGUUGAGACAGAUUACCAGGCUACGUACAAGUCACAUAAUGCCGCCCCCAGGCAUCUCCGAAGACCCCUCCCAAAGCUGAGAAAUCCACACCCUCCUCCCAUGGAUUUUAGAACAGAGCAGAGGUUGCAGUUUGUGGAAAGAGAGUUGCCAUUUACAAAACCUUGCAAGAUGAUGGAAUCAUAUACUAUAUCAUCGUCUAAGUUAGAUGGUGCAACUGAAUAUAACCAGGAAUACAAAGAUCGUGGACCACCUUCUAUUGUGCAUUUAAGCCGCCCGAAGACAGUCACUUCUAAACCAGAAGCCAAAUUUCAGGGAGAGACCACCCACAACGCUACGUUCACCGCUAAAAAGCCUUUGCCACAGGCUACUUACGGAGAGCUGCCAACCUUCACAGGCUCAAUUCUUUUCCCAGAUAAAACCAGUGCCAUGAAAACAUGGAACCAAGAGGUGUAUAAGGGUAAAUAUGCUCCAGUCGCUAAGACUUGUGUGCCUGGCGCUGAUCAAGUGGAUAUAGGGGUGGAAGGGGAUCACUACCACACCACCACCCACCAAGACACCUACAAAACACCAGCUCACGAGGGCAGACAAGAGCUGCAAAAGCGCAAAGCAGUUAUCAGCAUGGGGAAGCGGGCCAAGUUCCAGGGCGACACCCAAUUCAGGAGUGAUUUUCCAGGUUAUCAUGGUCGAAUGCCAAAACCUGCCAAGUCUGUUCAGCCACCCCCCGCAACUCUCUCACUAAAGAUGAACAACGACCAGAACUUCGAAACCACCAAUAAUGAUACCUUUAAAAUAACAUGGGACCCUAAGACAAUUGGCAGAACCCAGAUGAUGAAACCGGAAAUGUCAACCCACGUUAACCCGGAUCUCAAGAUGGAAGUCAUGACUCAAACAAUGGUGGAUUACACACAAAAGGCGCCCGUCAAAGUACCCGUGAUCCGACCACCCACACGAACAGAACCAAGCAACAUCAAGUUUGAAGGCGAAACGGCAUACCAGAGCCAGUUCAAGCCUCACGAAAACGUACCAUUCAAGAGAUACGGCGAUUUCCACGAAUCCGCCGUGUACCUAAAACCCAUAUCGAAGUUCCACCAAGAUGGUUCAGUGACAACACAAGACUUUAAGGGCGCAAUUGGCGGGAGACCACGCACGACUUUCAAACCUGAACAGCAAUUGCAGAUGACAGACGGCAAGAUACUGGACAAGACCGUGUAUAAGGCAGAUUUCAUCCAGAAAAACCAGGACGAGUGUUCCUACCUCAAGUGGGUUAGCAAUCACCAGGUCCAGAAGGAAGCGGACAAGAUCUUACAAAAACAACAGCCAAUAGAGAAGAGGGAGGCUAUGAUCACAGGGCGCUAAUAGUGGUCACAAUUAUUGAUGUUAUAUUCUAUAAGAACACGGUUUAGAAAAUAGACUUUCUAAAUGAAUCACAUAAGUAGAUACAAAUAUUUCAAAAUACAGAUUCGAGUUUUUUCUUAUCAUAACCGUAUAAAUGUUAUUUUGUAUUACAGUGUGACUGAUGUAAUGAUUGCAUAUUUGGAUAAUAAAAUAGUGCUAGAUUUGUUA